ACUCCAUCCAAGCACAGUCAGCAUGGACGAGCCGGUGGACAUCCGCCGUGAGAUGAACUACGGUCUUGUCAAGCACUCGGAUAUGAACGAGGACAUGCGGCUGGACGCUAUGGAGUCGGUCAUCACAGCACUGGAAAAGUUCAACAACCAGUACGACUCGGCGGCGAGGAUGAUCACCGAUGUCAUGGACAAGCGCUACGGCGCAUCCUGGCACUGCAUCAUCGGCCAGGGCUUUGGCUUUGAAGUCACCUAUGAGGUCCAGCAUCUGCUGCAUAUGUACCACGGCGGCAAUCUGAGCGUCCUUCUCUACAAGGCCUCGUGAGCCUGCGACUUUCUCCCUUGAUCGCCCUCGCUGCCCGGCUGCACGACUUUAUCUGUGGUCGGCUGGCAGUGUGUGUGGCUGACGGCGCUGCCGCCGCAUCUCGCACGCACAUCUCCC